AUGAUAGCUAGCAUGGAAGAAUCCAAAGAAAAUUGUAUUUCUUUUCCGGAUACCGACAUCGAUACUAUUGAAGAAAUGCUUCUGUUCUUCUAUGGAAAAAAAUUAGAUAAAGCUGAAAAAAACGAAGAAAUUCUGUUAAAAUUAAUCAAGGUUGCAGUAAUCUAUAAAAUUGACAAAUUAAAAACUGCUUGUGAAUAUGUUUUGUUAAAAAACUUGACGAUUGAUAAUGCAUUUGAUUUUUUCGAUAUAAGUCAGAAAUAUAAUUCAAGUAUUUUGCAACAACAUGCACUCGUUAUUUUUGAAAAAAAUGCCUUUGGAAUGAUUGACGCAACAUUGAAGAUUCUGAUGAUUAAAAAAGGAACGAAUAAGUAUGAAUUUAAGUGCUAUUUUUAUCUUGACUCAAACAGCGAGUGGAAAAAGUCGCAAUUUUUCAAUUCCAAAGAUAUUCCUAAUUCUGAAUUUAACAUGCUCGCACGAAUAGCUGGUGAUAAGCAGAGCAUUGAUAUACAAGUACAAAAAAGUGAUCUUCGAGCAGCAGUUGCGGUCAUAGAAGUACAAUUGGACAAGCAAAGGCCGAUGAUAAGCCGCGUUGUAGAUUGGAAGAAAAAUGUUGAUUUUAAUAAUUUUAUACUUUCGUUUGCUGUUGAUACAUGUUCAAAAAUAAAAAAUAAUAGUCACAGAUACUCUGUAGCAGUGAGUUAUUCAAUAUUCUGGCAUGGAUUCGUUGAGGAUUUGUACGGUUUGUUUGGAUGCAGACAUGUAGAAAAUUAUUACAAAAGCAAUGAAUUUAGUGACAUGGUGAUUAUUGUUGACGAUAAUAAAUUUCCUGCUCAUCAGAAUAUUUUAGCAAGACAAAGUUCUAUUUUCCGUGAUAUGUUGACUAGUAACUUGAAAAAGUCUGGAGAAAACAGUAUUUCUUUCCCGGGUGUCGAUGUCAAGAUUAUCAAAGAAAUGAUUUUGUUUUUCUACCAAAAUAGAUUAGAUGAUGCUGAAAAAGAUGAAGAAAUGGCAUUAAAAUUGGUGAAGUUUGCAGCUAUGUAUCAGAUUGACUAUUUAAAAACUGCUUGUGAAUAUCUUUUGGUGAAAAACUUGAAAAUUGAUAACGUAUUUGACCUCUAUUCUGUCGCUAAGGAUUGUAAUUUAAUAACUUUACAACAACAUGCAAUUACGCUUAUCAAAAACAAUAUUUUUGAAAUGGGCGUAAUACCUCAAAAAGGCAGGAAUGAAUUUACAUUACAUCAUAAAUUCAAAUUCGAUUCUAGAAAGAGUGAAAAACGAUCACCUAUUCUCAAUACAGCAGAUACGAUUGACAUUUCUGAUACAGAAUUCACCAUUUUUGCCGAAAUAGAUCGUUACAAUCUGAAUGUAAAAAUAAAAAAAAGUGAUCAAAGAUCAGCAGUAGCGAUUAUUAAAGUACAAAUUGGAAAUCAGAAGCCGAUCAUAUUCCAGUUAGCUAAUUGGGAAAAUACAGUUGAUUUUAAAAACUUUCCAAUUCCUCUUACUCUUGAUGUGUGUCCAAAGUUCCCGAACCUAAAGUCUCAUUGUAACAUAAAAUAUGAACACGAAUACGAAGUGCCAAUAAAUAUUUCGGUAGUCUGGCAAGGGUACAUAGAAGAAGUUUAUUAUCUAGAUGUAUGCAAUCACAUGAAAAACUAUUACGAUAAUACUGAAUUUAGUAAUUUGAAGAUAAGUGUCGAAGACAGUGAAUUUCCGGCUCACAAGAAUGUUUUAGCAAAACAAAGCCCGGUGUUCUAUAAAAUGCUAACCACUGAUAUGAAAGAGUCAAGAGAAAACAGAAUUUCUUUCCCAGAUGCCGAUGUUGGUACUAUCAAAAAAAUGCUUAUGUUUUUCUAUCAACAAAAAUUAGAGACAGCUACAAAUGAUAAAGAAGAGGUGUUAAAAUUGUUCCAUUUUGCAACUAUGUACCAGAUUGACAAGUUAAAAAUUGCUUGUGAAUAUCUUUUUAUGAAAAAUUUGAAAAUUGAGAACGCAUUUGACUUUUAUUUUGUCGCUAAGGAUUAUAAUUUCAUUACUUUACAGCAACAUGCACUUAUUUUUAUUGAAAAUAAUGCCUUUGAAAUUCUCGAUGCAACCUUGGUAAGAUAUAUUGAUUCAUUUGAAAAAGAAGUUAAUAAGAUGAGUCUGAUGAAUAAAAAAGGAAAAAAUGUAUACACAUUUGCUCAUGAGUUCAAAUUUCCAACCAACUCUGAGUGGGUGAAAUCGCCUGCUUUUACCAUCGAAGAUAUUCCUACUUCCGAGUUCGACAUCACCGCACAAGUAGCUUAUGAUUGCUCAGGUAUUAAUGUACAAAUCAGAAAAAGUGACCUACGACCAGCAGUUGCAAUCAUAACAGUACAACUGACAAAUCAGGAACCGUUAGUUGACCGCGUAGUGCAUUGGGAGAAAAUUUUUGAAGUUAAUAACUUAAUACUUUCAUAUGCUUCUAAUACAUGUCCAGAAAAAAAGGAAAAACCUGUUCACUGUAUGGGACGAUAUCAUACCUUCUGUAUGACAAUUUCUUGUUCAAUAUUCUGGCACGGAUUUGUUGAAGACUUGUACUGUUUAGAUGUGUGCAAACAUGUACAAGAUCAUUUCAAGAGUCAUGAAUUCAGCGAUGUGAAAAUCAAAGUCGAAGACAAUGAAUUUUCCGCGCAUAAAAAGAUUUUAGCUAGUCAGAGUUCUGUGUUACAUGGAAUGAUAGCUAGCAUGAAAGAAUCCAAAGAAAAUUGUAUUUCUUUUCCGGAUACCGACAUCGAUACUAUUGAAGAAAUGCUUCUGUUUUUCUAUGGAAAAAAAUUAGAUAAAGCUGAAAAAAACGAAGAAAUUCUGUUAAAAUUACUCAAGGUUGCAGUUAUCUAUAAAAUUGACAAAUUAAAAACUGCUUGUGAAUAUAUUUUGUUAAAAAACUUGACGAUUGAAAAUGCAGUUGAUAUUUUUUCUUUAAGUCAGGAAUAUAAUUCAAGUAUUUUGCAACAACAUGCACUCGUUAUUUUUGAAAAAAAUGCCUUUGGAAUGAUUGACGCAACAUUGAAGAUAAUCACUAGAAAAGCACUAAAAGCUAAAAUAAGUAAACUAAAAACUGAAUCAGUAAUAAAAGUAAUAAAAACUAUAUUUUUUUAUUUACAGUGA